CACACGUAGAGCUAGCUGGGUUAGCAUAUUGACAUAGGCUAACAAGUAAAGACAAAACCAGAAUGUUUGUUAACUUAGCUGCAUUGUCUUUGCUUUACUUCAUCCCAGUCGAGGGUGAUUUUUUGGGAAUUUACUGUCACAUAUCUAGCAGCUGUAAUUGCGAUUUCAACCCAAACCUUAAAGAUCUGGAAUGGGACCUCUACAAGAACAUCUAUGGACAGCAUCUGGUCCAGGACAUAGUUUCAGAGGAGAUGUCGAGGUUUCUCCAGAAGGAGAGCCCUGACCGACCCCUUGUCUUGUCCUUUCAUGGCUCUUCUGGGACGGGCAAGACUCUAGUCAGCUCCAUGUUGGGAGAACACCUCUAUGGCAAAGCCAUGGGCAGCCCUUAUGUCCACCAGUUUGUGCCCACCCUACACUUCCCCUUAACAGGCCGUGUCAAACAGUACAGGGAGGAUCUUAAGAGGUGGGUGGAGGGAAACCUGACCACCUGCGCUCGCUCUGUCUUCAUCUUUGACGAGAUGGAGAAGAUGCCGCCAGGCCUGGUUGACAUCUUGGAGCCCUUCCUGGGUCCGUCCCACGUGGUGUUCCAAACCAACUACCGCAAAGCCAUCUACGUCUUCAUCAGUACCACUGGGGAGAAAGUGAUUAACCGUCUGGCUGUGGAGGUCCGUCAGGCUGGUAGGGAACUAGAGGAGAUCAGAUCGAGGGACCUGGAGGACAGCAUCUCCCAGGCCGUGUUCAACAGCACUGGAAGUGGUUUCUACCACUCCAGCAUCAUCAAGGAGAAGCUCAUCACCAGGUACGUGCCCUUCCUUCCGCUCAGCAGACGCCACGUGGAGCGCUGUGCCCGUCAGGAGCUGUGCCGGCGGGGCCUGGGCCAUCGCAGUGACGUGGUCGAGGCGGUAGGGGGAGCCAUGCUCUACUCUCCUCAACAGGGCCAGUACUUCUCCACCACAGGCUGCAAGUCUGUCCCUGCCAAAAUCAGCCUCUUCCUUUGAGCCCACAGCAGAAAGAGGACCUGCCGAAGAGAUCCUAUUUGGAGGAACUUUUUAAAAGACUUGGACUGAAUUCUAAGUCUCUCCGAUGAGUUGAGAGUUAUAGGUUUUCUCCUUCAGCCUAGUGAGACAUGUAAAGGGAAGAGCUGGGCUGCCGUUGCCCGGGCACUUAAUUGGCCCAUAGCAGCGUUGGAAUUGACUGUCAAUAUUCUGGGCUGGACCCAGAUCACACGGUAUAGGAGAGGUACUCUGGUCCAAAGACUUCAUAAGGCGAGAUCUCUUCAUAAUACCUCUUGCUCCUCUACCUCAGAGCCAAGUUACCCUUUAAGUCAUGGUGUGACUGGACUGACAGUAUAGAUUAUAAGGAGGUAUUGAAAUCAAGACUUUAACCUUGUUGGCCCUGGUUGAAAAGAGAAUGGUGCCUUAACCUCUUAAACAUAUUUUGGGUGGAAGGAAUCAGUAACAUAGAAGUAAUAUAUUGCAUCAUGCUGUUGCUGUUCUCUCAUCGGAGAAGUCUGGAAUGGAGACUUGCAAGAGGAGGAAGUACCAUGUCAGACUGGAGAUCAGGCGACCUUUAAAGGGUUAGGGUUGAAAAAAAAGUAAUUGUUCUUUUUAAGUACAAAAGAUUCAAAAGAGCAGUUUUUGAUAGAUCAUGUUGUUGCUUUGUGAUGACAAAACAUCUUUAAACCAGCAGGUGGCAGUAAAGACUACUUUGGAUAGUAGAGAUGAAGUGAAACAAGUUGGUGCUUUCUAAUUCUUUUCAUUAUUUAUUUAGUUGUAUUUACCAUUUUAACAUUUGGGGACAAAUUUUGUUUGACUUGCUAAAUCAAUUGUUUGAAUGCCAGUAUUUAUUUCAUAAAACUGUAUGUACUAUGUUUACUAAGGUAUUUUAAUGUAAGGAUUUCCAGGUUUUAGCUCAGAUGUUUUUAGAAAUUGCUGUGGAAGAAGACCAAAUCAAUUCUACGGGUCCAACGUGCAAUAACUACACAGUUGUUUGACAAAACAUUACUGAUUGGUUAUCAAACAUUUGUGUAAAUUGAGAGUUUAAAGAUGAGUGAUGCAUGCAUAAAUCUAAAUAAUGUACUCUACCAAAAGGUACAUGUAUGCUCAGCCUGAAAAACUUGAUAGUCAAUUGUCAUCCUGAAAUAGCUACAUUAAACUAACUUCUCUACAGGGUUUUCAUACUGUAGAAUACCACAGUACACUGUAAACAAUAUAAUAUUGUAAUGGCGUUAGUGUGAAAAUAUGGCAUACAUAUGUAAACAAACAUGGUUGUUCCACUGCCAGAGUUACAGAUGGAAUAAAUUACCAGGUAACAUACUGUUCAAAAGUUUGGGGUCACUUAGAAAUGUCCUUGUUUUCCAUGAAAUCACAUUCAGUUUGAAUAGGUAGAGAGCUAAAUGAAAAGGAAAUAGUAAUUGACAUGGUUUGAAAUCAUCUUUUUUUAUUAUUGAAAUAAUUGUGUCCUUCAAAACUUUGCUUUUGUCAAAUAAUAAGUUAAGGUCAUCUGAAGAGAUUUUCUCCUCCCAUGCUUCCUGAACCACCUUUCUCAAGUUGGAUUGGCUUGAUGGGCACUUAUGUACCAUAGCAUCAGGCUGCUCCCACAACAGCUCAGUAGGGCUGACAUCAGCUGGCCAAUCCAUUAGACAGAAUAUCAGCUGACUGCUUCUUCUCUAAAUAGUUCUUGCAGUUUGGAGCUAUGCUUUGGGUCAUGACCUGUUAUAGGAGAAACGUGGCUCCAAUCAAGCACCUUCCUUCUUCAAGAUCCCUUUUACAAAUCUCUCCCUGUACCCAAACACUGCCAGACCAUCCCUUGGUCAUCACAAGCGGCCAGUUGAGGACCUGUGAGAUGUCUAGGAUGCUACGUCGGUGGGUGCUUCCGUUAAUUCCGAAGGGAAAUUGCAACGUUACAGCAGUCCUGCCUGUUUCUCAAACCAGACACGCUAAUGCAUUUGUCCUCUUGCUCAGUUUGGCUUCAUGAUCCAGGCCUACCUCUCCUCUCUCUGCUCUGGUUUGAGCCCGUUUGUGCCGUUCCGCAAAGGGAGUUGAACACAGUGUCGUAUGAGAGCUUCAGUUUCUUGGAAAUUCCUCACAGGGAAUGUCCUUUGUUUUUCAAAACAAGAAGAGCCUGAUGAGUUCCGGAAGAACGUUUGUUUCUUGCCGUUCCGAGUCUUUAAUCGAACCCACAACUGCUGACACGCCAGACACUCAAGUAGUCUAAAGAAGGCCGGUUUUAUUGCUUCUUUAAUCAGCACAACAGUUUUCAGCUGUGCUAACAUAAUUGCAAAAGGGUUUUUCUAAUGAUCAAUUAGCCAUUUCAAAUGAUAAACUUGGAUUAGCAAACGCAAUGUGCCACUGGAACACAGGACCGAUGGUUGGUGAUAAUGGGUUUCGGUACUGUUAUGUAGAUUCUCCAUUAAGAAUCAGCCGUUUCCCGUCCGUAUAAAAUAGUCCUUGACAACAAUAACAAAGUCCACACUGUCAAUUUGAUGUUAUUUUAAUGACCUUUUCUUUGAAAAACAACAAUUUCUUAGUGACCCCACACUUUUGAACGGUAGUGUACAUUGUGUUUUGCACCAUUAAAAGCUUGAACUGUUUAUUGAGGUAAAUAUCCAAUGUCCCACUUUCCUGUAAAAUAUGAGAUUGAGCUUAUACAUGAACUUUGUUUUGACUGUCAGUCUACAAAAUCAACAUUCCUGAGCUUGAUUCCAUGUGUUCGAUGUUCUGUAAUAAUUGUACUAUUAGUUUUUCUCCCUGUUACACAUAAAGUGCCUCAUAACCAUGUUGAUAAUGGGCCUGUGCUAGGUUGAACACAGGGGCCACUUGGUGCCAAACUCGUUCUGGAACCAACACACAAGUUCCGUCCUUGUCACUGAAAAUAAACAUCCAA